CCAUAGGGAGAAGCAGUACUUCUCCUUUCCUGGAGAGCUGCUCAUGAGGAUGCUGAAGAUGCUGAUCCUGCCACUGAUCACCUCCAGCCUGAUGUCCGGGCUGGCCACCCUGGAGCCCAGGGCCUGUGGGAAGAUGGGGGUGAUCACCAUCACCUAUUACCUUUGGACCACUUUCAUGGCGGUGAUGAUGGGGAUCAUCCUGGUAGUCAGCAUCCACCCCGGCGCGGCCGCGCAGAAGGAGGAUUUCUCUGCAGGGAAGGUGGUGCUCAGCUCUGCCGAUGCGCUGCUGGAUUUGAUCAGGAACAUGUUCCCUUCCAACUUGGUGGAAGCAUCCUUCCAGCAGUAUCGAACUGUUAUUGUCCCAGUGGUGAAGUCUCCACGAUUCCCAACAAUCCCAGGGAAAUCCCUCAGUUUUAUUUACUUUGCACCGGAUGAGGAAAACCCUGAAAUCCAGCGACCCGUGUUUCUUGAGCUAACGCCAUCUCCCGAAAUGACGUACAGGACCCUGCCAGGGACCAGCAACGAGAUGAACGUCCUUGGGAUCGUCAUCUUCUCUGCGACCAUAGGGCUCCUCCUGGGAAAGAUGGGUGAGCGAGGAGCGCCGCUGGUCAACGUGUGCCAGUGUCUGAACGAAGCUGUGAUGAAAAUCGUCUCCAUGGCUGUCUGGUACUUCCCUUUCGGCAUCGUGUUUCUCAUUGCUGGGAAGAUCCUGGAGAUGGAAGACCCAUCGGUUACAGGCCAGAAGCUGGGGCUGUAUGCCGUCACCGUGGUGUCUGGGCUGGCCAUCCAUGGGCUUGUGUUCUUACCGCUGCUCUUUGCACUCAUCACCAAGAAAAACCCCUAUGCUUUCAUUAGGGGGAUACUGCAAGCUUUGCUGAUUGCCUUAGCUACAUCUUCCAGCUCAGCGACCUUGCCCAUCACCCUUAAGUGUCUUCUGGAAAACAACGGCAUAGACCGGCGCGUGGCACGCUUUGUCCUUCCUGUCGGUGCCACCAUCAACAUGGACGGCACGGCGCUGUACGAGGCAGUCGCUGCCAUCUUCAUCGCCCAGGUCAACGAGUACGACUUGGAUCUGGGGCAGAUCGUGACGAUAAGCAUAACAGCAACUGCAGCCAGCAUCGGGGCGGCCGGGAUCCCACAGUCAGGACUCGUCACGAUGGUCAUCGUGCUGACCUCGGUGGGGCUGCCCACUGCUGACAUCACGCUCAUCAUUGCAGUGGACUGGGCCCUGGACCGAUUUCGGACCAUGACCAAUGUCCUCGGGGAUGCGCUGGCUGCUGGCAUCAUACAACAUGUCUGUGAGAAAGACUUUGCCCCAAAGCCCCCAAAGCAAGACACAGCGAGCGACACAGACAAGUUUCCUUCUGCAGAGCCCCCACUUCUGCAUCCCAAAGACAACGUGAUCCACCUUGAGGACACUCUGUUUGAGCAGAUGGGAGGGCACUACAACAUCUGCCAGGUGUAGGUUGCAGCUUUGCCACCCCAGGACGGGACCUCGGUGCUAAGCAUUCCCAAUGCCACACACGGCUGCUCUGCAAGACAAAGGCCUUAUCUGGGGCAGCAAACCCCUCUCCAUCCUUUCUACCCUGCUGCCUGGAGCUGAGGACACGACCACACUGGCAGCCCUGCCCACAGCAGCUGGGGUUAUGGCACAGCCCUGUCCCCUUCCAUGAGGCUGCUCAGAGCAUUGGGGAACAGCUACGAGAUGAUGGCAGAGAGCAGCAGAGGUGGAACUGAAGCUGUCAUCUUAUGGCAGCAGCCUCUAUCUGCUGCCCAGGCUGCAUGCCAUAAGGUGUUAACAGUUAUUUUUAAACCUUUUAAUAUACAC